UCCAAACUCUUGCAGGGCCAGGAGACAAAAUGUCCUAUUUUUUGCCGAUAUCACUGGCUUCUGAAGAUAAAGGAAAAGAUGACUCAGUCAAAAAGGACAAGCCAUAUAAGAUCUUUUUCAAAGAUCUGUUUCUUUACAAAGAAAAUGAAAUGGCAGCAAAGAAGAAGGAAAAAUUUAUAAACCGCAGCAUGAAAGUCUACCAGAAGUCUACUUUUUCAUCUCGAAUGAAGAGUCGUUCACACCUGGGCCAAGUAGCAUUCUACUCUGACACAGCUGGGGGCUCAUUCGAAAAAUUUGGGCUAGAUCCCACUUUUAUUCUAAGAUUAACAGAAGGUGUGGACACAAAAAGGACUAUUCAUGAAUUUAUUAAUGACCAGAGAGACCGGUUUCUGCUGGAGUAUGCCCUGUCAACCAAAAGAAAUACAAUUAAAAAGUUUGAAAAACACAUGGUGGCGAAGGAACGGCAACUCACAAGAGCCGAAAAAAAGCUCCAAGAAGAUGCAAUGGCCUUUGAAGAGUUCCUUCGAGAAAAUGACCAGAGAUCUGUAGAUGCUCUUAAAAUUGCAGCACAGGAAACUAUAAACAAACUCCAAAUGACAGCAGAACUAAAGAAAGCCAGUAUGGAGGUACAGGCGGUGAAAAGUGAGAUAGCAAAAACAGAAUUCCUCCUUAGAGAGUACAUGAAAUAUGGAUUUUUUCUGCUGAAAUUGUCUCCAAAACACUGGCAAAUCCAACAAGCACUGAAAAGGGCGCAGAUGACAAAGAAUAAAGAGAGUAUGAAUGUCAGUCUUCCAGUACUAACAAAAUUACAUACAACGAAAACAGAGGGCAGUAAUGAGGAUGCCAGGAAGAUAUCAUUUUCAGAUGACUAUUACGUGGAAAGACGUCGCCAAGGAAAACCACACAAGAAGCCCACUCUCACCGUAGAGAAUAAGAAAUCAUCCUUAUCAAGCCACGCUGAGAGUAUCAGUUCAGAAGACAGCUUGGAAUUCUUUUUAGACAAUGAUACGAACUAUGAUCUGGAACCAGAGCUUUAUUUCAAAGAACCAGAAGAGUUACUUCAAGUCCUCACAGAGCUGGAAGAGCAGAAUCUAACUUUGGUACAGUAUUCCCAAGAUGUAGAUGAAAAUCUUGAAGAUGUAAAUAAAAGAGAAAAACUUAUACAGGAUAAGAUAAAUAGCAACAUAGAGUUUCUUCUGGAGCACAAGGAAAUGCUUAAGGCUAGCUGUGUGAGAGAAGAGGAAAAAGCAGCAGAACUGGAAUUAAGGUCCAGGCUAUUUAGUUUUGGAGAAUUUAAAUCCGACACUCAGAAGCAGGAAUUUGGGCAGGAUGCUACCUGGAGAACGAUUUACUUUGCCCAGCAGUUUAUUGAGAUCCUCUUAACUGCGAAUGCCAGGUUCACGGUGGAGAAAGAGGCUGAGAGUUAUUUGGUCCCGAAAUACGUUACCUACAAGCUCGAGCAUAUCUACCAACAGUUAAGACGGCGCAGUGGCCAGGAAAAACUGAUAGACUCUCUUAGUAAAAAAAUUAAUCAAGUAUACAAAGUCUGCAUUGGAGAUGCUGAUGUUGGCAGCCUCAAUCCAGUUCAAAAGCUGGUAAAAGUAGAGUCUCGCCUGGUAGAAUUGAGUGAUCUCAUUGAAUCCAUUCCCAAAGAAAAUGUGGAGGCAAUUGAGAGGAUAAAACAGAAAGAACGGCGACAAAAGUUACGUGAAGAGAAAAUGAAAGAAAAACAAAAACACCAGGAGGAAAGGCUAAGAGCUGCUCUGGAAAGAGCAGUAGCACAACCAAAGAAAAAGCUGGGAAGACGACUUGUCUAUCGCUCAAAACCGCCAUCUGGUAACAAACAUGAACUACUUUUAGUCAAGGAUACAAGAACAAAAUCACUAGAGGAUGAAUAUUUUUUCACUUGAAUAGAAGCAGUAAGACAUUUAUUACCAGAAUUUUUUAGGCGUAUUUUGUAGAUUCUGGUUUCCAUUAAUGGCAGUAUUCUGCCCCGUAUGCUGGUCUGAGUAAUUUGAGGAAGACAGCACUUAUUCUAGUGGUUAUAGGAUUGGGAAUGGGAGUUCUUUUCUUUUGUUGAAGCCUUUUAUUAUCAUAUACCAAGUAAAAUUCCAUACAG